GCGUGCCGGGGGCGGGGCUGGCGCCGUGCCGGAGGUUUGUCCGCUGGCGGCCGCCAUCGCGGCGCGGCCCCGCCCGCCAUAUUGUGCCCGGCGCUGGCGGAGCGGCGGCCGGAGAUGGUUUUAAGGACCGAAGACAUCGCCACGCAGUGAGGAGCCGAGAAGCCACCCCGCAGAGCAGCCCUCCGCACCCUCUGCUGUUAUGGCAGGGGGAAGGCGGGGCCCCAACCGCACGUCCUACUGCCGAAACCCCCUCUGCGAGCCCGGCGCCGCUGGCGGCUCCGGCCACUCCACCAGUUCCUCUGUCACGGGCGUGCGCUCGCGCACCAGGAGCGGUUCAGGUACAGGCCUUUCCAGCCCACCCUUGGCAACGCAGACAGUCGUUCCCCUCCGGCACUGUAAGAUCCCAGAGCUGCCUGUGGAGAGGAGCGUGCUGUUUGAGCUUCAGCUCUUCUUCUGCCAUCUCGUUGCGCUGUUCGUCCACUACAUCAACAUCUACAAGACCGUGUGGUGGUACCCCCCCUCCCAUCCUCCUUCGCACACGUCGCUGAAUUUUCAUCUUAUUGACUUCAACGUGCUGACGGUGACAACGAUCGUCCUGGCACGCCGGCUGAUCGUCGCUAUUGUGAAGGAGGCUUCGCAGAGUGGCAAAGUCUCCCUGCCACGCUCGGUUUUUCUGGUGAUCACCCGGUUCGCUGUUCUCACUGGCACGGGCUGGAGUUUGUGUCGAUCCAUAAUUCACCUCUUCAGAACCUACUCUUUCCUUAAUCUCCUGUUCCUGUGUUACCCGUUUGGCAUGUACAUUCCCUUCCUCCAACUGAACUGUGACUUUCGGAAGACGAGCCUCUUCUCCCAGGUGGCCAACAUCGGUCCCAGAGAGACCGGCGAGGUGAACUUCAGGGGCAGAGACUACCUGACUGUCCUAAAGGAAACCUGGAAGCAGCACACUCGACAGAUGUACGGCAUGGAGGCCAUGCCCACUCACGCCUGCUGCCUCUCCCCAGAUCUCAUCCGAAAUGAGGUGGAAUACUUGAAAAUGGACUUUAACUGGCGGAUGAAAGAGGUGCUGGUGAGCUCCAUGCUCAGUGCCUACUACGUGGCCUUCGUGCCAGUGUGGUUUGUGAAGAACACGCAGUACUAUGACAAGCGCUGGUCGUGUGAGCUCUUCCUUCUGGUUUCCAUCAGCACGUCUGUGAUUCUGAUGCAGUACCUCCUGCCUGCGCGCUACUGCGACCUGCUCCACAAAGCUGCGGCGCACCUGGGCUGCUGGCAGAAGGUCGACCCAGCCCUCUGCUCCAACGUGCUACAGCAUCAGUGGACAGAGGAGUGCAUGUGGCCACAGGGAGUGCUAGUGAAACACAGCAAGAAUGUGUACAAAGCUGUGGGUCAUUACAACGUGGCUGUGCCGUCGGACGUCUCGCACUUCCGCUUUCACUUCUUUUUCAGCAAACCACUGAGAAUCCUCAACAUCCUGAUCCUGCUGGAAGGAGCCGUCAUCUUCUACCAGCUUUACUCGCUGAUUUCUUCAGAGAAGUGGCAUCAGACGAUCUCACUGGCUCUGAUCCUCUUCAGCAAUUACUACGCCUUCUUCAAGCUGCUGCGUGACCGUCUGGUGCUGGGCAAAGCCUACUCGUAUUCUGCCAGCAGAGACUCAGAGCAGAAGUUAAAUUAAAACAAUUGCACUGAUGCUCAGCUUAUUACAGAACAAACAGAACGAGAAACCCUCAGAGCUUUGUAUUUUUGUUACCACUGCUUUUUUUCUUUGAUAACUGAUGUAAUUAAAAGGAAAAAACAUAUUUUUUUACUCCCAA